AUCAUUUUUUCUUUUUUAAACAGGUGCCCAAGCAAAACAGAAGCACAUAAUCUAACUCAGAUUUCAGAAUUCCAUCUCAUGGGACUCUCAGAGGAUCCAGAACUGGAGCUCUUCCUUUUGGGACUGUUCCCGACCAUGUACCUGUUUACAGUGCUUGGAAACCUGCUUAUCAUCCUGGUUGUCAGCUCUGACUCCCACCUCCACACCCCCAUGUACUUCUUCCUCUCCAACCUGUCCUUUGCUGACAUCUGUUUCAUAUCUACCACAGUCCCAAAGAUGAUUGUGUGCAUUAAAAAUCAGAGUAGGGUCAUAUCCUAUGUGGGCUGCAUGACACAAAUGUCUCUAUUUUUUGUUUUUGGAAAUAUGGAUGAUAUGCUUUUGACUGUGAUGGCCUAUGACCAGUUUGUGGCCAUCUGUCAACCCCUGCAUUAUUCAGUCAUCAUGAACCGUCACUUCUGUGUUUUGUUGGUGUUUGUGUCUCUUUUAUUUUGCCUUUGUGAAUCCCAGCUACAUAGUCUGAUUGCCUUAUAUUUUACCCACUUCAAGGAUGUGGAAAUUUCUAAUUUCUUCUGUGAGCCUUCUCAAGUCCUAAAUCUUGCCUGUUCUGAGUCCUUUACCAAAAAUUUAGUCAUGUAUUUAGUUGGUGCUAUUUCUGGUUUUCUUCCUCUCUCAGGGAUCUUUUUCUCUUACUAUAAAAUUCCAUCUUCCAUUCUGAGAAUCCCAUCAUCAGGUGGGAAAUAUAAAGCCUUUUCUACCUGUGGGUCUCAUUUGUUGGUUGUUUGCUUAUUUUAUGGCACAGCUAUUGGCGUGUACCUUGGAUCUGUUGUAUCAACGUCUCCUAAAAACAGUGCAGUGACCUCAGUGAUGUACACUGUGGUGAUCCCCAUGCUGAAUCCCUUCAUCUACAGCUUGAGGAACAGGGACAUCAAAAAUGCCCUUUUUAAACUUCAGAGCAGAGCAAUCUAG